AUGUAUUAGAAAUUAAGAAUUUGUAAUUUGAACAGGAAAAAGAUCUGGCCUUCAAUAGAUUAACAAUAAUCAGACUUAAUUAAAAGCUUACAAGAGUAAAUUUUUUUGUAGAAUAUUAUUUUUAAUAGCAUAGUUUUUGAAAAUAAAAUACCAUUAUUACAAUAAAUUAAGAUUCAAGAUAAUUUAUGCAAAGUCAAAGAAUAUUUUAAUAGGUUUAUUAACUAAAAUAUACAAGAAAAAGCAAAUUAAUAUUUACUAGAUGAUAAUAAAGUAAGUUCAAUAAGGUAGAUAAAAGAUUUAAAAGAAAAAAGGCUUAGUAAUCCUGAAUAGCACAUAAAUUAUUAAAAGAAAUAAAAUAUAAAAGAUAAAAGUAAUAGUUUUAAUUCAAAUUAACUACUUUAACAAUAGUAAUUUAAUAAUAGAGCAAGUAAUUAAAACUUUAACUUUCAACAUGUAGAUAACAUUUCGAGUAAUAUUUCAAACUAGUAAAUACCUCUGAUCUUUCAACCAAAUAAUCAUAAAAGCUUUUUGAAAGUAGAACAUGAAUUAUUAUCUGGUAUUUCUAAUUAAUUUGAUAGAAUUUAUCAUUUCAAAAAGUACUUUCCCCAUAAUAAUUUUUAAAAAGUAAAUUAAAUGUUAAAAAAAUAUCAGCUUGAGUAAAAGAAAUAAAAAAAGAAUCAUAUAGGUCUAAAACAACGUCGUUAAAAUAUUGGUUUAUAAAGUAAUAUGCUGAUAUCAAUAUUUUAAGAAAAUUCUAAUGCAAUUAGAUUUAUUCCUUAAGAUUACAAUAUUAACUUAUACAAACCUACUUAUCUUUCUUAUGGAUUCGUUAAAUAAAUAAAUAUAAUUAAUGGUAUUUUAAUUAACUAUAAUUAUUAACAGUAUAUACGAUACGGUAAAGGCUCAUAUAUUAAAGCCACCUCUAUUUCAGUUUAGACAUCUAACCUACUUAUUUUUUUUUUGGCAUUUUUUUUGAGCAAAAAAGAUACUUAAGGAAUGCCUUAAUUAAUGAGCAUUUACAGUAUAUUAUAUUAUGCUAAAUAUAAAUUGAUAAGGAUGACUUUUAUUCAUAUUUAUAUUCCUUAAAAAUUUUUACGAAAAUAAUUAUUUCUUUUUAAAAUUAUUCUAGUCUGUCUUGAAGAAUUUUCUUUUAAAUGA